GCAACAACCUCGGAGGUCGCGUCACGGCGCCGUCACUCUUAGCGUGACAGGACGUGGGAUUUGGCGCCAGGCAGCUGGAGGGACCUAGGAGCGCGCCGAGCGGUAGACAGCAGACAAGUCCGGACACAUUGUACUGCGAGUGGAGAAUGGCGCUACCGAAGCUAAGCGAGGGCUCCAUAGCGGCCAUCCUACAGGGUGAUACCUCAUCCAAGCCUAUCCUGCAGGUCAUUAAUACCAGACCCAUCAACACUGCCAAUGGUCCUCCCCGAUAUCGGCUGCUGAUGAGCGAUGGACUAAACACCCUUUCCUCUUUUAUGUUGGCAACACAGCUGAACUCUCUAGUGGAUGACAAUCUCCUUGCAGCGCACUGUAUCUGUCAGGUCUCGCGGUACAUUGUCAACAACUUGAAAGAUGGAAGACGAGUGAUUAUAAUAAUGGAAAUGGAUGUAUUGAAGCCAGCUGAUUCUGUCUAUGGGAAGAUUGGAAAUCCUCAACCUUAUAAUGAUGGUCAAGGAGCACCACAACCUGCAGCGGCUGCCCCGACUCCUCCACCACAAAGCAAGCCUGCCCAAAGCUCUGCUCCACCUUCAUCUAUGAACAAAGGGCUGUCUAAACCAUUUGGAGGGGGUGGACCAUAUACACCUGGAGGCUCUCAGUCUAAAGUGGUACCAAUUGCCAGCCUUAACCCAUACCAAUCAAACAUGAACAUUAAUGUAGCACGCAUUACCUCACAUUAUCCCAUUUCCACUGUGGGCGAGAUCCGGGCUACUGCCUUCAAUGAUCAAGCGGACAAGUUUUUCUCUCUUAUUGAAGUGAAUAAGGUAUAUUACUUUUCAAAAGGUACUUUGAAGAUUGCUAACAAGCAGUAUACGGCUGUAAAGAAUGACUAUGAGAUGACUUUCAAUAGUGAAACCACUGUUAUCCCUUGCGAUGACUCUUCAGAUGUCCCUUCAGUGCAGUUUGAAUUUGUUCCCAUUUCUGAGUUUGAAAACAAGAAUAAAGACACACUAUUAGAUGUCAUAGGUGUUUGCAAGAGUUUUGAAGAUGUAACUAAAGUCACGAUAAAAUCAAACAACCGUGAAGUUUCAAAGAGAACGAUCCAUUUAAUGGACACAUCAGGCAAAGUGGUUUCUACAACUCUGUGGGGUGAAGAUGCAGAUAAAUUUGAUGGUUCCAGACAACCUGUUGUGGCGAUCAAAGGCGCACGGCUUUCUGACUUCGGGGGCAGGUCCUUGUCAGUUUUAUCAUCCAGCACCCUUAUGAUAAAUCCAGAUAUUCCUGAAGCAUUCAAGCUCCGCGGAUGGUUUGACUCUGAGGGUCAAGUGCUCGAAGGAUCAUCUAUUUCGGAGUCUCGGGGUGGUGCUGGAGGAGGGAACACUAACUGGAAGUCUCUGCUUGAGGUUAAGACAGAAAACCUGGGCCACGGAGAAAAAGCAGAUUAUUUCACCUCUGUGGCAACUAUUGUCUAUCUUCGGAAAGAGAAUUGUAUGUAUCAGGCCUGCCCUUCUCAAGAGUGUAACAAGAAGGUGAUUGACCAACAGAAUGGACUUUUCCGCUGUGAGAAGUGUGACAAAGAGUUUCCUAACUUUAAAUACCGCCUUAUUCUAUCAGCAAAUAUUGCUGAUUUUGGAGAGAAUCAAUGGAUUACAUGUUUUCAGGAGUCUGCAGAAUCCAUUCUUGGCCAAAAUGCUGCUUAUCUUGGGGAACUCAAAGAAAAGAAUGAACAAGCUUAUGAGGAGGUGUUUCAGAAUGCAAACUUCCGAUCUUACACCUUUAGAAUUCGGGUCAAGUUGGAGACUUACAACGAUGAAUCCCGUAUCAAAGCCACAGCCAUGGAUGUGAAACCUGUUGAUCACAAAGAAUACUCUAGACGUCUUAUCAUGAAUAUCCGGAAACUGGCCUCUCAAGGAGUCUGAAUAAAUGUAGUCCAUCUGAAGACCUAUUAUACCAGAGAAACCAAUAGUGACUGGGUUUAGCUUCAGGCAACAUCUGUUCAUCUACAAAGCCUGUUACAGUUUUGCAAUUGAUAUUAAACCAAGCUUUCUGAUCACACAGCAAUGUUUCCUGUAGACACACUGCCACAAUGGCUAGCACUUCCCCUCCUUCUAUACAUCAGGUCUAGGGCUCACUAGUUUCUUCUGAAGAUGAGGUAGAGGACCACUUGAAUGUGGCAUUUUGUACAUUAGCCUGCAACGCUUGUAAAUAUGUUUCUCAUUCUGUCACUUUCUCCUCUUAUGCUAAUUUACAAGAAAGCUUAAUUACAUUUUACCAGGACUUAAUUAGCGUCCAUGGAAGUAAUUGGCGGCUGCUGAGCCAUCGGAUGCCCACCCACAUGCCCAUUUACCACACUUUAAGGUUCCAAAGGCUCCAAGCUAAUCCGGGGCUCCUAUUCCUCUUGUGAAGACCGGGGGCUUAUUGCCUUCGCAGUGUGCCUCCGCUUGGAGUGGGGAGAUGUGCCAUACAGUUUGCAAAUGCUUGGAAUGACAAUAUGGAGGAAUUAUUAAUCAAAGACCUAUCUCUUCUAUCUGAAGACUUUCCUUCAGGGUUUAAUAGACUGAGUCAGAUGGUCCUGAUAUUAAUCAAAAUUGUCUCUUCUGAGAAGCUCUGAUAAGCAUUGACUCUCUGGCCCCUGGGGAAAUCUGGCCAACUACAAAGCUUUGCUUUAUUUUUCAUUUAAAUUAAUAUUGUGCUUUCUUACUCUUCUCUUUUUUUGACAGUGUGUAAUUGCAGAAGUUUGCAGUCUGUACGUUCACAGCAUUUCCCUGUUUUCAGCUGCUUUGUGUUUUUAUUUGUCUUUUUUUUUUUUCCUUUUUGCUAUGGAAUUAAUCAGCUUACUUUCUCAAGUCAGAGGAAAAUGUGUAUUUUUUUUUUAAUUCUGAGAACGGAAUAAAAAGUUUAG